UAAAGUCAAUGUACAAUACAAACAAUAUCGGGAAAUACCGUUACUACUUUUUCAUUCGCCAUUGCUUCUUCCUGGUUGGCAAAAAAAUUGCAUACAAAUUAACCACCAAGCGACAAAAUCUGAUAUUGUAAAUUAAUAUUGUCAUGGCUAAUGGAUCUGUCAAGCUCAAAGCUGCUGAUAUUAGACGUUACAAUUACUUGACGAACGAGAAAAAUGAACGACUUUGCGCAAUAGAUUGUCACGAAGACAAAUUUGUAUUAGCUAGUGAGUUUCCUGACUCAGAGAUGAAAAGACAGUGCCAAAAGAUGAACAUCUUAGAAUUGGUCAAUAAUUCAAUACAAUUGUCAGUACGAGUUGAGGUGCGACUAACUGAACCAAGCCAGGGAAGAAAUCAGUUACAAGAAUCUGUUCCUGAAAUGUACAGCAAAUUCAAGAAUGUUGUCAUGCCACAUACCGGAAGUGGGAUCAUUAAAGACAUAUACACAAACGAGUCUUCCUCCGAAAGUCAAGUGGAAGUUUGUACAGCAAUGCACGUUGUUUUUAAUGACGAGGAAGCCAAAAACACGAAAUGUAGUCUGUAUUUUGAUGGUGAGGGUUACAGAACGGUUAUCUUAACCGGAAUAAAUGAAUCAGGCUCAAACAUCAGCAGCGAUUGGUGUAAAUUUCUUUGUAAAGUCGACAGCCAAAAGAUUGACGAAAUCAAGGAGAACUUUAAAAAGUUUGAGACAGAAUUGGGGAAUAAAAAACGAAAGAAAAUGAACAGGAAAAGAAAAGUAAUUUUAAUCUCCCAUCCACAUGGCGGAUAUAAAUAUAUCUCUAUGGGAGAUCAAAUAAUUGAAAAAGAUGGCAUCAGGUACGACACGCCAUCUUGCAAAGGUUGUAGCGGUGGCUAUAUAAUUCCAGUUGGAUAUAUUGAUAAAGGUACUUAUGUUCACAGCGGAUCUAGCUAUGAAAACGGUAAAAGAAUGUACGGUUAUGCCAGCGGAUUGAUUCCAGUAGUAAAACAUGGACAAUAAAUCACCUUUUCUUGACAGUUUCCUUUAUACAGUUUUCUUAAUUUUAAAAUAUUUUUGAAAUCAAAUAAAUUUGUUCUGUUGCUAA